AUGAACCGUUACCUCCAGUACGGUAGUGUUGAGGCGAUUCCCUACUACAAUUGCUCAUGGAAAUCGUUUGAAGAAUGGGAAGAAACCGGAAUCAAACGACCGUAUCUCGGCUGGCCUCUUGUCAUUUUUGGAACUUGUAUUGAGCUAAUUUACAUUCCAAUUAUCUAUAUCAUAUUCAAGACUAACUUAAUCAAACAUGCCUGCUAUAAAAUCAUUGUGGUGCUUAUCAGUAUUGAUAUGAGUGCGACGUUUUGUAGUUGUCUGAUCACUGGACCAUUGCUCAUUAUUGGGUCGGUUUUUUGUAUGUAUCCAACGUUUACGUAUUUGGCUGGUGGAAUUGCUUUGGUAUCCUGGUGCAUGGCAUGUGCAGCUACCGUAUCCCUCUUUGCCAAUCGUGUCAUCUCCAUUGCCUUCCGUGAAUACGCAGAUGCAAUCGAGAAGAAAUUAGCCUACUCCUCCAUCGCUUUCAUUUUCCUAUACGGUGCAUUCAUCUACAUUUUCACACCUACAGUAUGCUAUAAUUCAGUAAUCAUGGCAUGGAUUGCAAAUCCAUUAAGUGAAGAGUUUCCGAGUGCAGAGGCUGAUGAAGCAUAUCGAAACCCGACUCAAGCAUGGAAUAAUUGGAUAUUCUUAGUCUCUAUUUUCACAUUAUUCUCGGUUUAUUUCUGUAUGGUUAAGAAAUUGGCACAAGGACAGAAAUCCAAGGCUUCCAGAUCGAUUUUCAUCCAAUGCUCCAUUAUUUGCUUCUUCAACACCUGUAUCGCUCUGGUGUACAACGCCUUAAACUAUAUCACCUUAUCACCUGGAAUACUGAUUUUUGUCCAAUGUUGCUGGGCUAUGAACCAUGCGUCGCCGGCUUUUAUCUAUAUGACAAUGAAUCACACGAUCCGGCGGGAAUACAAAAAAUUGGUUUUCGGAGUUUUAUCGCAGAAAGUCGAGGAUACCAGCACUGCAAAAGUCACCACUUCUCAGUCCAGAAUUUGA